CCCCACAGGCAGCUCGAGGACAGCCUGGGCCCCAGAAGCAGAAUGAGAAGAUGGCAGACUUCCUGUUACCUCGGGGCACCAGCAGCUUCCACAGGUUCACCCGGGAGUCCCUGGCAGCCAUCGAGAAGCGCAUGGCAGAGAAGCAGGCCCGAGGCUCAGCCACCUUGCAGGAGAACCACGACGGGCUGCCCGAGGAGGAGGCUCUCCGGCCCCAGCUGGACCUGCAGGCCUCCAAAAAGCUGCCGGAUCUCUAUGGCAACCCACCCCGAGAGCUCCUCGGGGAGCCCCUGGAGGACUUGGACCCCUUCUAUAGCACCCAAAAGACCUUCAUCGUGCUGAACAAAGGCAAGACCAUCUUCCGGUUCAGUGCCACCAACGCCUUGUAUGUUCUCAGCCCCUUCCACCCCAUCCGGAGAGCGGCCGUGAAGAUCCUGGUUCAUUCGCUCUUCAGCAUGCUCAUCAUGUGCACCAUCCUGACCAACUGCGUGUUCAUGGCCCAGCAUGACCCUCCACCCUGGACCAAGUAUGUCGAGUACACCUUCACUGCCAUUUACACCUUUGAGUCUCUGGUCAAGAUACUGGCCCGAGGCUUCUGCCUGCACGCGUUCACCUUCCUUCGGGACCCGUGGAACUGGCUGGACUUCAGCGUGAUCAUCAUGGCGUAUGUAUCAGAAAAUAUAAAAGUAGGCAAUUUGUCGGCUCUUCGAACUUUCAGAGUCCUGAGAGCUCUAAAAACUAUUUCAGUUAUCCCAGGCCUGAAGACCAUUGUGGGGGCCCUGAUCCAGUCUGUGAAGAAGCUGGCCGACGUGAUGGUCCUCACGGUCUUCUGCCUCAGUGUCUUCGCCCUCAUUGGCCUGCAGCUCUUCAUGGGUAACCUGAGGCACAAGUGCGUGCGCAACUUCACGGAGCUCAAUGGCACCAACGGCUCUGUGGAGGCCGAUGGCCUGGUCUGGGACUCGCUGGACCUCUACCUCAACGAUUCAGAAAAUUACCUGCUCAAGAACGGCACCUCCGAUGUGUUACUGUGUGGGAACAGCUCUGACGCUGGGGCAUGUCCUGAGGGCUACCGGUGCCUAAAGGCGGGCCAGAACCCUGACCACGGCUACACCAGCUUCGAUUCCUUCGCCUGGGCCUUCCUCGCUCUUUUCCGCCUAAUGACGCAGGACUGCUGGGAGCGCCUCUACCAGCAGACCCUGAGGUCCGCAGGGAAGAUCUACAUGAUCUUCUUCAUGCUUGUCAUCUUCCUGGGCUCCUUCUACCUGGUGAACCUGAUCCUGGCUGUGGUUGCCAUGGCCUACGAGGAGCAAAACCAAGCCACCAUCGCAGAGACAGAGGAGAAGGAAAAGCGAUUCCAGGAGGCCAUGGAGAUGCUCAAGAAAGAGCAGGAGGCUCUCACCAUCAGGGGUGUGGACGCCAUGUCCCGCAGCUCCUUGGACAUGUCCCCUUUGGCCCAAGUAGCCACCCAGGAGAAUAGGAGCAAGAGGAGAAAACGGACGUCUUCGGGGACGGAGGAGUAUGGGGAUGACAGACUCCCCAAGUCUGACUCAGAGGAUGGUCCCAGAGCAAUGAACCGUCUCAGCAUCACCCACGGCCUCAGCAGGAGCUCCGUGAAGCCACACUCCAGGCGUGGCAGCCUUUUCACCUUUCGCCGGAGAGAUACGGGUUCAGAGACGGAUUUUGCCGAUGAUGAAAACAGCACAGCGGGGGACAGCGAGAGCCACCGCACAUCACUACUGGUGCCCUGGGCCCUGCGCCGGCCUAGUGCCCAGGCACAGCUCAGUCCUGGGACCUCAGCUCCCAGCCAUGCCCCCAAUGGCAAAAGGAACAGCACCGUAGACUGCAAUGGGGUAGUCUCCUUGCUGGGGGCAGGUGACCCUGAGGCCACCUCCCCAGGGAGUCACCUCCUCCGCCCUGUGAUGCUGGAGCACCCCCCAGACACGACCACUCCGUCGGAGGAGCCAGGCAGGCCCCUGAUGCUGACCCCCCAGGCUCCUGGCGUGGAUGGCUUCGAGGGGCCAGGAGAGCGGCAGCGGGCCCUCAGCGCAGUCAGUGUCCUCACCAGCGCCCUGGAAGAGCUGGAGGAGUCUCACCGCAAGUGUCCGCCAUGCUGGAACCGCUUCGCCCAGCGCUACCUGAUCUGGGAGUGCUGCCCCCUGUGGAUGUCCAUCAAGCAGAAGGUGAAGUUCAUGGUCAUGGACCCAUUUGCCGACCUCACCAUCACCAUGUGCAUCGUGGUCAACACGCUCUUCAUGGCCCUGGAGCACUACAACAUGACGACUGAAUUUGAGGAGAUGCUGCAGGUCGGAAACCUGGUCUUCACAGGGAUCUUCACAGCAGAGAUGACCUUCAAGAUCAUCGCUCUCGACCCCUACUACUACUUCCAGCAGGGCUGGAACAUCUUUGACAGCAUCAUCGUCAUCCUCAGCCUCAUGGAGCUGGGCCUGUCCCGCAUGGGCAACCUGUCAGUGCUGCGCUCCUUUCGCCUGCUGCGGGUCUUCAAGCUGGCCAAAUCAUGGCCCACGCUGAACACUCUCAUCAAGAUCAUCGGGAACUCUGUGGGCGCGCUGGGCAAUCUGACGCUGGUGCUGGCCAUCAUCGUGUUCAUCUUCGCCGUGGUGGGCAUGCAGCUCUUCGGCAAGAACUACUCAGAGCAGAGGCACCGCAUCAGCGACUCGGGCCUGCUGCCGCGCUGGCACAUGAUGGACUUCUUCCACGCCUUCCUCAUCAUCUUCCGCAUCCUCUGCGGCGAGUGGAUCGAGACCAUGUGGGACUGCAUGGAGGUGUCCGGGCAGUCGCUGUGCCUGCUUGUCUUCUUGCUUGUCAUGGUCAUUGGCAAUCUUGUGGUCCUGAACCUCUUCCUGGCCUUGCUGCUCAGCUCCUUCAGCGCGGACAACCUCACGGCCCCCGACGAAGACGGCGAGAUGAACAACCUGCAGCUGGCCCUGGCCCGGAUCCAGCGGGGCCUGCGCUUCCUCAAGCGGACCACCUGGGACUUCUGCUGCGGGCUCCUGCAGCGGCCUCAGAAGCCCGCCGCCCUGGCCCCCGGGGGCCCGCUGCCCGGCUGCGUCGCCGCCUCCAGCCCCCCACCUCCCACGGAGACGGAGAAGGCCCCCCCGGCCCGCAAGGAGACGCGGUUCGAGGAAGGCCAGCGGCCAGGCCAGGGCUCCGCUGGGGACCCGGAGCCCGUGUGCGUGCCCAUUGCCGUGGCUGAGUCAGACACCGAUGACCAGGAGGGCGAGGAGAACAGCCUGAGCACAGAGGAAGAGUCCAGCAAGCAGCAGGAACCCCAACCUGUGUCCGGCGGCCCAGAGGCCCUCCCGGAGCCCAGCGCCUGGAGCCAGGUGUCAGAGACCGCCUCCUCCGAGGCCGAGGCUAGUGUGGCUCAGGCAGACUGGCAACAGCAGCGGCAAGUGGAGCCCCAGGCCCCAGGGUGCAGUGAGACCCAUGAGGACAGUUACUCCGAGGGGAGCACAGCAGACAUGACCAACACGGCUGACCUCCUGGAGCAGAUCCCCGACCUCGGCGAGGACGUCAAGGACCCAGAGGACUGCUUCACCGAAGGCUGUGUCCGGCGCUGUCCCUGCUGCACUGUGGACACCACACAGGCCCCAGGGAAGGUCUGGUGGCGGCUGCGCAAGACCUGCUACCGCAUUGUGGAGCACAGCUGGUUCGAGACGUUCAUCAUCUUCAUGAUCCUGCUCAGCAGUGGAGCUCUGGCCUUUGAGGACAUCUACCUGGAGGAGCGGAGGACCGUCAAGGUUCUGCUCGAAUACGCCGACAAGAUGUUCACCUACGUCUUCGUGCUGGAGAUGCUGCUCAAGUGGGUGGCCUACGGGUUCAAGAAGUACUUCACCAACGCCUGGUGCUGGCUCGACUUCCUCAUCGUGGGCGUCUCACUGAUCAGUCUGGUGGCCAACACCCUGGGUUUUUCUGAGAUGGGCCCCAUCAAGUCGCUGCGGACGUUGCGGGCACUCCGACCCCUGCGAGCCCUGUCACGAUUUGAGGGCAUGAGGGUUGUGGUCAACGCCCUGGUGGGCGCCAUCCCGUCCAUCAUGAACGUCCUCCUCGUCUGCCUCAUCUUCUGGCUCAUCUUCAGCAUCAUGGGCGUGAACCUCUUUGCGGGGAAGUUUGGGAGGUGUAUCAACCAGACUGAGGGGGACCUGCCUUUAAACUACACCAUCGUGAACAACAAGAGUAACUGUGAGUCUCUAAACAUGACCGGCGAACUGUACUGGACCAAGGUGAAAGUCAACUUUGACAACGUGGGAGCUGGGUACCUGGCCCUGCUGCAGGUGGCAACAUUUAAAGGCUGGAUGGACAUUAUGUAUGCGGCUGUGGACUCCAGAGGGUAUGAAGAGCAGCCCCAGUGGGAAUACAGCCUCUACAUGUAUAUCUACUUCGUCGUGUUCAUCAUCUUCGGGUCCUUCUUCACCCUGAACCUUUUCAUUGGUGUCAUCAUUGACAACUUCAACCAGCAGAAGAAAAAGUUAGGGGGCCAGGACAUCUUCAUGACAGAGGAGCAGAAGAAAUACUACAACGCCAUGAAGAAGCUGGGCUCCAAGAAGCCCCAGAAGCCCAUCCCAAGGCCUCUGAACAAGUACCAGGGCUUCAUAUUUGACAUCGUGACCAAGCAGGCCUUUGACGUCACCAUCAUGUUUCUCAUCUGCCUGAACAUGGUGACCAUGAUGGUGGAGACGGACGACCAGAGCCCUGAGAAGGUCAACAUCUUGGGCAAGAUCAACCUGCUCUUCGUAGGCAUCUUCACAGGCGAGUGUAUCAUCAAGAUGGCUGCGCUGCGGCACUAUUACUUCACCAACAGCUGGAACAUCUUCGACUUCGUGGUUGUCAUCCUCUCCAUCGUGGGCACCGUGCUCUCGGACAUCAUCCAGAAGUACUUCUUCUCCCCUACGCUCUUCCGAGUCAUCCGCCUGGCCCGCAUCGGCCGCAUCCUCAGGCUGAUUCGCGGGGCCAAGGGGAUCCGCACGCUGCUCUUCGCCCUCAUGAUGUCCCUGCCCGCCCUCUUCAACAUCGGGCUGCUGCUCUUCCUUGUCAUGUUCAUCUACUCCAUCUUUGGCAUGGCCAACUUCGCCUACGUCAAGUGGGAGGCUGGCAUCGACGACAUGUUCAACUUCCAGACCUUCGCCAACAGCAUGCUGUGCCUCUUCCAGAUCACCACGUCGGCUGGCUGGGAUGGUCUCCUCAGCCCCAUCCUCAACACGGGGCCCCCCUACUGCGACCCCAACCUGCCCAACAGCAAUGGCUCCCGGGGGAACUGCGGGAGCCCAGCCGUGGGCAUCCUCUUCUUCACCACCUACAUCAUCAUCUCCUUCCUCAUCGUGGUCAACAUGUACAUCGCCAUCAUCCUGGAGAACUUCAGCGUGGCCACAGAGGAGAGCACCGAGCCCCUGAGCGAGGACGACUUUGACAUGUUCUAUGAGAUCUGGGAGAAGUUCGACCCGGAGGCCACCCAGUUCAUUGAGUAUUUGGCGCUGUCUGACUUCGCCGACGCCCUGUCUGAGCCGCUGCGGAUUGCCAAGCCCAACCAGAUAAGCCUCAUCAACAUGGACCUGCCCAUGGUGAGCGGGGACCGUAUCCACUGCAUGGACAUUCUCUUCGCCUUCACCAAGAGGGUCCUGGGUGAAUCCGGGGAGAUGGACGCCCUGAAGAUCCAGAUGGAAGAGAAGUUCAUGGCGGCCAACCCGUCCAAGAUCUCCUACGAGCCCAUCACCACCACGCUGCGGCGCAAGCACGAGGAGGUGUCGGCCACCGUGAUCCAGCGCGCCUUCCGCAGGCACCUGCUGCAGCGCUCCGUGAGGCACGCGUCCUUCCUCUUCCGCCAGCGGGGCAGCAGCGGCCUGUCCGGGGAGGCCGCCCCCGAGCAAGAGGGCCUCAUCGCCUGCAAGAUGAACGAGAGCUUCUCCCCGCGCCCCGGCCCGCCCUCCAGCUCCUCCAUCUCCUCCACGUCCUUCCCGCCUUCCUACGACAGCGUCACCAGGGCCACCAGCGAUAACCUCCAGGUGCGGGUGUCUGACUACAGCCGCAGCGAAGAUCUCCCGGACUUCCUCACGUCCCCCGACAGGGACCGAGAGUCUAUUGUGUGAGCCUCGCCCCCACUGGCCGGGACACCACGAAAGGCGGCCUGUUGCCUCGAGGCAAACCCAAGCGCAGCCACAAGCCAGCGUCCGCUGGGUCUUCCUUGCUUUGGGCUCAGGAGUGAGAUGAGCCUCAGCCCCGUGGAUCAGUAAGGCAGAGCUCUGUGGCACCCGUGUGGAUGGGCGGGCGCAGUUGGCCAAACUGGCCACUCGAGACAGCCUGUCCCUGGAGGCCCCAUGCAUACCAGUGGCCUGGUCUGGUCAGGCAACACCCUGGGGCUCUGAAAAGCAACUCCACCCCAGCUGCUGCAGCAAAAGAGAAGAAUCGAGACUGUACAUGUUGUGAAUGGGCUUUCGUAAAUUUAUUAUAUUUGAUAUUUUUUUACUUGCGCAAAGAACUAAUGUUUUUCCCAUGGACAUCGGCAGCAUCUCACACGGCCUCUUCUGAACUCUGAACAGGAGUCUGUGCAGCUGCUGGAACUCAGUUCUCAAAGCAAAAGUGGAAUCAGUGUGGCUCCCACAGGCCUUCGCUGCAGAAAGGGGCCCCCCUGCCACGUGGGCAGCCGUGCGGGAGGGCUGAACGCCUCUCCUCUCACACACGUGUGCACACACUCACACACACGCAGGUCAGACACCAGCCCCUGCCCCAGCCUAAGGGAGACAGACCUUUCCUCCCAGCCCCACAGGUGGGGUCUUGUCAGCAGGGGCUCACUCCAGCCUUCCAUUGUGCCCAAGGUCCUGUUCUCCCUGUGUUUCUAGGCAGGCCCUACUAGGGUCAGCGCUACAAAAAUAAAAGGCUUCCUGAAGAGAGUUGCCUGGGUGCCAGGCUCGUCUCAGGCACUGAAGCUGCCCUUUCUUCCCAGGAGAGCUUGGCCUUCUGUGAGAGUAUUAACGUAAAACUGAAGAGCCUGAGGGAGCCAGCCCCUACUCAAGGCUUGGCUCCCAGCUUGUCCUUGCUCCUGAGCCUGGCAGACCCUGCCCCACAGGCUGGGAAGAGAAGGCUGGGCCCCAUGUGGUUGGGGCCAAGAAGCUCAACAGCCCUUCAGCCCAUAUGAAGAAGGGAACCUGUUAUCACUGACAGGGUUCUCUCUCUGGACCUUUCUGCCUCUAACCAUGGGGGCGAGGGGAUUCCUGUGUGGUCCCCAGCUCCGCCUCCAGACAUAUACCCAUGGGAAUGGGGAGGGCAUUUUGGGUCCUAAGCAGGGAAGGGGCCUCGGGAUGGUCAGGCCUGGUUCCCAUGCCCUAGGAGGGGAAUGAACCAUGGGACCCCUUGGGAAGGGAGUAGUGUGGCCUUGGACCAGCCCCUCUGGCUUAGCUUGGGGUCCUGGUGGCACCUGCACCCAGGAGCUGCUGAGGUAAGGUUCAGGUUGUCCCACAGGUCUUGUCAGAAGGCUUUUUCAGGGAAAAAUACCUUUUCUAGUCCAAUUAACCCCAGGGCCUCUUCAGCUGCUGACAAUCCUAUUUAGCAUAUGCAAAUCUUUUCAUGUAGAGAACUGUCACCCUGAAAGUGACAGUGUUGGCUGGUGGAGCCUGAGCAAGCAGGAGCUCGGCCGCCCAGUUCCAGCUCUCCAGCAAGGCCGCCCUCCACCGGGCACCCAACCUCACAGGCCACCUCUCGGGCCACCCAGGAAGCCGGAACCUGGCUGCUCCUAACCUACCUCUCCGAGCUGUCAGAGGGCUGGACGUUCUGAGCACAUGGCAGUGCCCGUGGCGUUGCCAGUGAGUCAAGUAUUACAAUUCUUCCCGCCACCUCCAGUCCCCGUGGUGGCCACCCCAGCCCCCACCCACCUCUAGUGAUUGCUCUGCUCCCCCAUGUUCCCUUUGAGUCCAGCAUGGGACAUGGUUCUAACUGUCCCCGGGACACUUCUCCGAGUGGAAAUCUUAUUUUUGUAGAUCUCUGCGCUUUGCUCUCCAGGCUUGGAGAGGUGUGUCCCCUUCCCUGCACUCAGCACCCUGCACGGGCAGGAAUGUGGCUCAGGAGGUGGCCGGGCUGCCAGCCCAGCCGGCCGGAAGGAGACUGGCGUCGUGCAGACAGCCUCGGAGCCUGGAGACAGGUGCCCGGGGCUGGCCACUGACAGCGCCAGGAGCUGCGGGUGGUGUGGCUGAGGGCAGGGACGCCUAGGCCUGACUCCUUAGCUUCCAGUGUGGCUCUUUUUUUUUUUUCUUUUUUCCUAGAACUGCACAGUGACCAGCAGGACCGGACAAGAGGGUAGGGGAAAGGAGGGAGGGACAAGCGUCCAGUGCCAGCUGUUGUCUGAACUAACCGAGCACUUCUCACCCAACUUCGUGUGUAAAUAAGAUACAUAUUUUUAAAACAAACCAAUAAACAGCUUCCAUGACCUGG